AUUUAAAAAAUCGUCUAAAAAAGUCUUUUAAUGGUAAAUUAGUGUUACCCGAAGGUAAGUAUCUUCGCGAUCGUGUUCAGUGCCACACGGCGAUGGCUAAUCCAAAGUCCCGCAAACGCGAGCGGGAAGCAGAACUUUGCCGAACAUGCAUGAGCACCGAUGGCAGCGGCAGCAGCAGUAAGCGAAACAGACGCCAGCGGAAGCUGGUUCCGAUCUUCACCCAGUUGGGCGAUGCUUUCAUUGCGAACAUCAUCACGGAUUACACGGCCGUGCAGAUUGAUGAAAACGAUGGCCUGCCGGCAACAAUUUGCGCCGAUUGUUUCGAAACGGUCAAGCUGCUGGAUGCUUUCGCGAAAACCACCCGGGACAGUGAUGCAAAGCUUCGGAAGCUUUUCAAGGCGGAAUCGCCGGAGGAUCUGCAGGUGGACGCAAGUGACAUGGGAUUGGUAGCGCAGGAGGUGGAUCCGGGCUCUGUCAAGACGCUUGAGACGCCGUCGGAUUUUGUGGAAAUAAAAUGUGAGCCACCGGAAGAGGUGCUGGGCGUGGAGGAGGCUGCCCAACAAAGUGAUGAUUUCGAGCCGGACAAUGAUACCGAUAGCGAUUGGAAGCAAAGUGGCGACGAGGAACGGACGGUUAAACGGAAGAAAGCUGGUCUCAAAUCCAAGCCGACGCCUCGGAAGAGAGGUGCUGGUCCGAGGCCAAGGAGAAAAAGGAUUCCAAGAAUUCCAGUCCAAACGGAAAAGGAUCUAGAAUUGAGCGAAAAGGAGCAGGAACUGUUCAAGGUCAUUGAAAUUCCACCGAACAGUCACGUUUGUUGCGGUUGUUUGCAGGUGUACGAAACAGCGGUUGAGCUGGAUGAGCACCGAAAGAUAAAUCACGUCUGGAAAAGAGAAAAGGCGGCGAAAUUGGAUGAAAAACUUUGCUGCGACGGUUGUCUUCGGAAGUUCAAUACAAACAAGAACAUAGAGUACCACAAAGAACGCGUUCGGCGAUUAAAAGUCGCCUGGGAGUGUAACAAGUGCUUGUUGCGCUUCAAAGUCGCCGGUAAAAGGCGGGAACAUGUGCGGCUGCAUCCGGAGGGCGAACCGGUGGCCCUGAUAGCCCGGGUCAGAGAAACAACCAAACAGGAAUUCGGCUGGGUUUGCUGUGGCCGCAUGUGCAAUCAAUCCUUCCAGAACGAGGAAGAGCUGAUUGCCCAUGGCCAAUCUUCACAUUGGAUCGACAAGCAGGAGGCGGAUUUGGAGUUCGGAGACAAACCGGAGCAGUGUCAGGUGUGCUUCCAGCGGUUUAUCGACCGAAAGAGGAUCGUCAGCCAUCAGCGGCGCAAGUACAAGUUCAAGAACUUUGUCUGCGCGCUGUGCGGUCUCAAGUUCUUCACCACAGAUGAUUUGCUCAUGCACGAAAGCAAAGAGCACGACAGCGUACUGCAUACAUGUGAAGUUUGCGGUAAAUCGUUCACUCGCAAGCACAGCUUAGCCACCCACAUGAAGCAAAUGCACUUGGAGAACAAACCACAUCAGUGCACUGUUUGUGGAAUGGCAUUCCGUCAGAAAGCCGGAUUGAAGAUCCACAUGUCCAAUCAUGUAGAGGUUCCCCAGUAUCGGUGUGAGGUCUGCUCGAAGAUGUUCAAAGCCAAGCUGCACCUGCGUUAUCACAUGCGGACGCAUACCGGAGAGAAACCGUACAAGUGUCAGUACUGUGACAGUGCUUUCGCUAACCACACGAACUACAGGAGGCACGAAAUGACCCACACCGGCGACAAACCCCACAAGUGCUCCUAUUGCGAAAGAUCUUUUAUUUUGAAGCGAACGAUGCUAGAACAUGAAAGUACUCACACAGGCGAAUACAGGCAAAAACGCAAGACACCCGCUCAACGCGUCGAACAACUGGCCGUGCCCGUUCCAGAGAACACGCAACUGGUCGAGGUGGACGACAUUGUCGAAGAAGACGAUGGCUGCAGCGACGACAGCAGCUAUCAGCAACAACCGACGGUUCAAUAUGGCAACAGACCAGUGACGAUAAGUGUUGCCAAACCAGCACAGCCACAGCCGGUAGCAAUUACUCAGCUAACACCGGCCCCACAACCCGCGCAAAAUGUGCUUCUAAACACGUCCAAUUUGAACACCGUGCAGUCGGCAUCAAUUGUUUACAACGUUGUGCCAUCGUCGUCCGGAUAUAACUAUAUUUUGAAGUUCUGAAUUAUGUAGUUUGAUCUUCCUUACCAUUAUUUUAGGUUCAAAUGUGAAGCGUAAUCUACCCUGAAUGGCAUCUGACCGUAAUUAAAACGUUCAUCAUACA